GUUAGAUGUCCUUCAGUGUUCGUUCUAUUGGCCCACAGUUCUAUCGUGUUUCGCGUUUCAAAUCUGUGCUUGCGUUUUAUUAGCCAAGAUGUCAGCUGAAGGCUUCACGGCGGAGGAAGUGGACGCGAUGCCAGACAGGAUCGCGGCGACCUUCACUAACAGAAAUGUGCUGAUCACCGGCGGGACAGGCUUCAUGGGGAAAGUCCUCGUGGAGAAACUGCUCAGAAAAUGCCCGGAUAUCGGUCAGAUUAUGUUGCUCGUGCGACAAAAGAAAGGGAAAACACCAAAACAACGUUUGGAAGAACUCUUCAAUGAUGCUCUCUUCGAGAAACUCCUCAAGCUCCGGGGCGGCAUCGGAGCCCUACUUAGUAAGAUGACCCUGAUCGCCGGGGACGCCGGCGCUCCGGACCUGGCCAUCAGCGCGGCUGACAGACAAACCAUCGUCGACAACGUGCAUAUCGUGAUCCACGCCGCUGCUACUAUCAGGUUUGACGAGGAGUUGAAGAAAGCAGUCAUGCUGAACGUACGAGGUACCAAGUUGAUGCUGGAGCUGGCUAAGGAGUGCAAGAACCUUCUGCUGUUCAUCCACAUAUCGACAGCCUACUGCCACCUGCACGAGAAGCUUCUGGAAGAGAAGCCGUACCCGCCACCUGCCAACCCCCAUCAGAUCAUCCAGGCUAUGGAGUGGAUGGAUGAGGAGACGGUCGCUGCUCUUACUCCUAAGUUGCUGAGUAAGCUGCCCAACUCGUAUGCCUUCACCAAGGCGCUGGGAGAGGCGCUGGUUGUCGAAGCCAUGCAGCACAUUCCGGCUGCCGUUCUGAGACCAUCCAUUGUGAUCCCCAUUUGGCAAGAGCCCGUGCCAGGAUGGACAGACAACAUAAACGGACCCACAGGCCUACUUAUUGGUGCCGGCAAGGGGGUGAUCAGAAGCAUGUACUGCAAGAGUGACAGUUACGCUGACUACCUUCCAGUGGACGUGUUCAUCAAUGGUAUUAUGAUCUGCGCAUGGAACUACAUUACUCGUGGAGAUACGAAAUCGAACAUUGUAAACUUCACGUCAUCGGCUGAGAUCAAGGUGACCUGGUCGGAGAUGAUCGACGCUGGUCGGGAGAUCAUCAUGAACCGGGUCCCGCUCAACGGAGUUGCUUGGUACCCUGGUGGGUCGAUGAAACAUUCCCGGUUGUACCACAACAUCUGCAUGGUGCUCUUCCACUGGAUCCCGGCCAUCCUGGUCGACAUACUGCUCUUCUGUCUCGGAUACAAGCCUGUUCUCAUGCGCGUCCAACGUCGUAUCGGCAAGGGUUUCGAAGUAUUCGAAUACUACACUAACAACCAGUGGGACUUUAAAUCUGACAUUGCGCAGACGGUGCGGCUCAGCCUCAACGCUAAAGAGAGGAGAGACUAUAAGGUGGACGCUGGUGGUCUCGACAUAUCGAAGUACUUCGAAGACUGCAUCAGGGCCGCUCGGAUCUUCAUCCUCAAGGAGUAUGACGACACUCUACCCGCUGCCAGGAGGCAUAUGAAAGUAAUGUGGUGUGUGGACAUCCUCACGAGAUGUCUCUUCUGGGGCCUCAUGCUGUACUGGAUGAGUGGCUGGUUUUCCUCUCUCUACUCUUACAUUCUGGGCUCCAGCGAACAAUCGUCCAUCGUCAACGAGAUGGCCGCUUAACCGCCAUCAUCUAUAUUGGCUGACUGACGCCAUUUUACAAAAUGGCGGAUAGAUGUCAUUUUAGGGAAAUGGCGUAGAGGCUUAUCUAUUAUAAUUUUCUUUAGAAAUAUGCAAGGGGUGUGAAUGUAGACAUAACAUAAGCUAACGACUAUAUCCUAAUUGGGGUAGUCAGAGGUACAUCCAUCGCAAGAUGAACUAAGUACCCACACCAAUCAAGGGUCUUAAAUCAAAUUCAAAAAUAUCUUUUUUCCGUAAGUCGUUUUUACAUAACGAACGUCUCAUCCGCCUAAAACUACUGCUUAUUUUUUAAAAGCUCGUUUCAACUCGUUUGUUUAAAUCUUGCAAAAGACUAGUUCAAAGUGAAAUGAGUAUACAUUUUCGAACGAGAUGAAGAGAUGAAGACGGGCGAUUUAGAAAUAAACGCCUUGGGCUCUUUUCUAAUAUAGAUAUUUGUCAUUUGUCAGUUCAUUGGACUGAGUCUUUCCUCUUGCAUAAUUUCUAACUAGCUCAAAAGUAACUUUAUUAACCUUCCAAAGUUUUGUAGUUAAAUUAUAGAAUUAGUAUACUUAAUUUUCCAAUUUGAACUGUAAGUUGGUUACAAAAUUGCAGCUGCAUCGUAAUCGCUAGCCAACAUAUUGAUUUAAAUGUAGAAUUCACUGACAAAAUGGUGAAUUAUUAGGCAGAAUUGAUUAGUUAAUAUACCGCCUGUGUGUCUGUUCUAUAUUUAUGUCUAAAUUUCUUCAUUUUGGGUCGUAAGUGCUUAAUUAAAGUAUAAAAUCAUAACAUAUACACCCUGUAUACGUCCCACUGCUGGGCACAGGCCUCCCCUCAAUCAAUCGAAGGGGGUAUAGCUGCUACCCUACGGGUGUUUUACGGCUAAUAGCCGGGACCAACGCCUUAAUGUGCCCUUCGAUGCUCGGAAUCAUCUUACUUUCAAGCGAUCUAGCAUGCAAUGAUUAGCCAAAUAAAGGACAGUCUUACAAAGUGAAGAUGUGUCCCCAUCGGGAAUCGAACCCGGACCUCCGGGUCGAAUUUACUUAUUUUAUUUUUGUACAUUAAUAUAAUUAUAACAAUAUUGGUGCUCAUUUCAGUACAUGCCACCUAAUUUUAUUUUAAGUUAUACCUGUCAUUUUCAUAUCCGCCGUAAAGGAAAAUGAUGGGUAAUCGACAGUCAUGAGAUUUAUGGAACACACGUCAAUUUUAGGUAGGAAUUUAAGCUACCCGCUCAAAGUUUUACAUUGUCCAAUAAUCCGGCAGAAUUAAGUUGACAGCACACGUCAAACAGGUUGCAUAUCAGCGAGAUUUAUUCAUUUUAAAAUGAACAGCUGGGGCUUUUUAGCGGGAAACGGGAACGGGACAGUUGCUUUCUUCAUUGAGUAAUCUAAAUAAUUAAUACGAAGUGAAGUGGUGUUUUGUGGUUAAUGAUCGCAUUAAGUUAGUCGGACGGAAGACAUUCGCGAGUGUUAUUAUAUUGGAGUAUUCAAUAAACAAAGUGUAUCUGCCUAUUUUCGCUUCGUGCUAGGAAGCCGCUUCAUAGCUCAAAAGUUUAUGCGGACUUUUGAGUUAAUUCGUUUGGGGUUCGGAGUAGGAGUCUACUCCGAGGGUGGGGGCUUAGGUUUCAUCAUCAUGAUUCAUCACCUUUCACCAUUUCAUUAAUCAUCAAGAAAAAAAAUACGUCAGACAUGGCUGUAUGGGCAUAGUUCCCUUUGCCUUACCCUUCGGGGAAAACCAAACCAAAAAAAAAAAAUGAACAGCUGUCAAUUAUCCGUCGCUUUCCUUUUCGGCAGAUAAAAAAAUUACAGGUAUAACUUAAAAUAAA